AUGGAAGACGAGGCCGAGGAUUUGAAUGCAUUUUACAAUGUGCUUCCAACGUUUCCAGAGCCAAGGUGGCAAGCAUUGUAUGAUUAUUCAUCUCCAGUCACUCUACCCCGCAUUUUCUACUAUAUGGACAUUUCAUCAUUUGGCAUCAUGUCCUCCUGGGCAAUUUUUCUCAUUGUUCGACAUACCAUGCAAUCCUUAUUUACAGCCUAUAAACCGAAUACUGGGGACUUGGUUUUGAAUCCAAAGAUUAGUUUGGGGAAGCAUAUGUUCCUAGACAUUAUGUGGGUACAAUCUCUCAUCUCGGCUAUGACAUUGUUGGUUCCAGAAUACUUUCGAUCAUCAAGUGUUAUGCUGGCCACUUCCUUUAUGUGA